GUGCUGAGUUAUGCGAGGUUGGACGAAUCAACGCAAGGGAACAGUUGCUCGCAGGCCAGGACACGUACCACGCAUCUCUGCAGACGCACAGUAAACCUGUCACUGUCCAGUGUGCGCUCGAGACACAGCCGCAGCUGAAACUUCCGUUCAAACCUGUUUUUAUACAGUCUAUGGUUCAAACGCGCAAUUCUUUGUUGAACUGGCUUCCUAUUUAGAAAGGGCGUGAAGGCGAUUUGAGAUAAGAGAGAUUUUGGUGCACAACACAGUGGGACAUCAUGGCUGAGGAGGAGCUCAUGUUUAAUAUGGAGGAGGUGGGAAGUCCUCGGAAUGGAUGUGCUAAGGGAAGAGUGGCUUUCCAAGAUUCCAAUGCAAGUGAUGAUGAUGAUGAAGAAGAAGAUGAUGAUGAAGAUGACCUCCGUAUCUGCCCCAUCACUGACGACCCCAUAAGCCCAACCAAAGGUUUCUUUGACUACCCAAAGGACGUCUUUAGCAACCAGCAGCUUUCGAAUUCAUUGCCCAAAAACUCCUUCACAUACAGGGCAACUUGGAAACAUGCUAUUGAGAAAGCCAAAGCCAUGCCAGAUCCUUGGGCUGAGUUCCAUCUGGAGGAUAUUGAGACGGAGCGCUGCACUCGAUACAGAUACAAUGCGGUUACUGGUGAAUGGGCAAAAGAUGACAUAUUUAUCAAGGUUUCCUCUCAGUCAUUUGGAAAAGGAGCCAUGAGGGAAUGCUAUAGAUCGAAGAAGCUGUCAAACUUUUCCCACAGCAGCAACUGGAAAUCAGCCUCAAACUAUGUGGCUAAGAGAUACAUGGAGACCGUGGACAGAGAUGUUUACUUUGAGGAUGUGAGGUUACAAAUGGAGGCUAAAUUAUGGGGCGAGGAGUUCAAUCGCCACAGGCCUCCUAAACAGGUUGACAUCAUGCAGAUGUGCAUUGUGGAAAUGACUGGUCGCCCUGGGAGCCCUUUAUUUCACCUGGAACACUACAUUGAGGGGAAGUACACAAAGUACAAUUCCAACUCUGGUUUUGUGAGGGACGAUAACAUACGGCUUACACCCCAGGCAUUCAGUCAUUUCACAUUUGAGCGCUCUGGACACCAGCUGAUAGUGGUGGACAUUCAGGGUGUUGGGGACCUUUACACAGACCCUCAGAUCCACACUGAGAAGGGGACUGACUUUGGAGAUGGCAAUCUAGGUGUGCGUGGCAUGGCUCUUUUCUUCCACUCUCACCUGUGUAAUAAGAUCUGUAGGAGUAUGGGCCUCACUCGCUUUGACCUGUCCCCUUCUGAAACUGCACAAUUGGACUGCACCAACAAAUUGCUGCUGUCAGCUCAGACUGUCCUCCGUGGAUGUGAAGAGCAUUGUGGUUCGCCCAGGGUCCGGACGACCUCUCUCGGCCACAUGCCUGUUCUCCUCUCCCGGCUCUCUGAGACUUCCUCGGUUGAUGAAAGCAGUGACACAGACUCGGUUCCCUGUUCUCCACUUAGUAUGGGCAUCUCUGUAGGCCGAUCACCCAUGGGCUGGUCAUUCAUGUAUGAAAUGAAUGAGGCACAUCGAGUUAACACAGAUCACAAGGACUCAGAGAAUGGAGGAGACAGUGGUUACCCCAGUGAGAAACGCAGUGAAGGAGACUCAGUCGAACAUCACAGUCAGGGACGUCCCUUCUACAACAGACAUUGCUCAGAAUCGGAUGAGGACAGUGUUCGUCGGCUGACAGAAGAAAAAUGGAGUUUUUACCAUUCAUCUCGCUCCCACAUACACAGACCUUCCUGUGUGGCAAUGGAAGUAGAGAGACUUAACACGAUGCUUCUCGAAAAGAAAAUUGGUAAAUCCAUCCUAGGCAAGGUACAUCUAGCCAUGGUUCGCUACCACGAGGCCGGGCGCUUUUGUGAGAAGGAUGCACCAUGGGACCAGAUUUCUGCAAUGUACCAUUUGGAAAGGGCUGCCAUGUGUGGGGAGCUUGAGGCUAUAGUUGCCCUUGGCCAAUGUUACCUUCAGCUGCCACAUCACAUUCUACCAGAGAUCGAAUUAGAGGCAUCUGAGGAAAACAGCAAGAAGGGUUUCCGCUUUCUGCUGAAGGCCGCUGAGGCAGGAGACCGGCCGAGUAUGAUUCUAGUAGCACGAGCAUUCGACACUGGUUUGAACCUCCCUUCUGACAGGGUUAUGGACUGGAAACAAGCCAUGCACUGGUAUGACUUUGCCCUUAAGAUGACAGACUACGACGAGGGGGGAGAGUUUGAUGGGAUAAAAGAUGAGCCGCGCUACCUUCUGUUGGCACGAUUGGCUGAGAUGUACCAGGAGGGAGGGCACAACUUGGAUGCAGACCCCCAAAGAGCAGGUGAUCUUUUCACUGAGGCUGCUGAUGCAGCUAUGGAGGCCAUGAAGGGCAGACUGGCCAAUCAGUACUACAUGAAAGCAGAGGAAGCAUGGUCUAUGAUGGAAGAAUGAAAGUGCUGGUGUGCAAAAAAAGCAUGAAAAUGGUUCCUAUUGUGCACCCAGCCCCUGUUUACAUGCUGUUUUCAAUGCCUUAUGUUUUUCUUGGGUCUCUUUGACUUAAGAGAAAUAAUGUUGAUAUUAGAUCUGUUUUCUAAUGAGUGUGACAAGGGCAUAUGCUGAUUGCAGAUCAAAGAUAUACUGAGGUGCUAAAUACACAUACUCUCCUGGUUAAUUUUUGUUUAAGAACAGUUGCACAGUGUCUGCAGCCUGUUCAGGUUGCUUCAUGGGAAUACAUGCAUUACCUGUCAAUAAUUUCUUUCUCUUGUUUCUGAAAAGGACAACUGGUUGUUUCUUUAAUGAACAUGUUGUGACUGUUAAAAAUGGUAUCACCGAUGAUUACUUCAGUAAAAUUAAUUUGCUAGUAUUGCUAGAUCUGAUGUCUAAGAACAUUAAGCAUCAAUAGCUAUUGCUGUGAGUUUGAACAUGUUUUGUGUAGACUGUCAAAAACCUUUCAUAAUUCACAAUUAUCAAGGAGUGCAGAAGUGAGUGUGAUCAUUUUCGAUGGUUGUUUUUCAAAUGAGAACAAGAUUACAAAGAUUAC